CUGUGCUUUUAGGAGUCCAGCUCUAACGCCUGCAUGCUGUCGGGCGAUAUGGAGAAACGACAGCAGAUGAAGGACGACCUGCAGCGGUGCAUAGACGCACACAAAGACGAGCUGCACAGUCUGAGUAGAGACAUUUGGAGCAAUCCUGAAGUCGCCGCUAACGAGAAACAUGCGCACGACCGGCUUGUCCGCUUCUUUUCUCAGGACCAGACAUGGACGGUCCAAAGUCACUACAAACUUCCGACCGCGUUCAGGGCCAGCUGGGGUCCAGUUGGUGGCGGGGUGGGAGACCCAGUGUUGAACGUGGGAUUCCUGUGCGAGUAUGACGCCCUCCCGGGUAUCGGCCACGCGUGCGGGCACAACCUGAUAGCAGAGGUGGGCGCUGCGGCCGCUGUGGGGCUGAAGGCUGCUUUAGAAAACCAGACCGAGCUCCCAGUGCCUGUGAAGAUAACUGUUCUGGGAACUCCUGCCGAGGAAGCGUUAGGAGGAAAGAUUGAGCUAAUCAAUGCCGGGGCCUUUGCUGAUAUUGAUCUCGUCUUCAUGGCUCAUCCAGCUCAGCAGGAUGCUUCGUUUCACCCUUGCAUCAUGAUCGAAGAGAUGUUAGUGAAGUACUAUGGGAAGGCGUCUCAUGCAGCUGCAUACCCUUGGGAGGGAGUGAAUGCCCUGGAUGCGGCCGUCCUGGCCUAUAACAACAUCUCUGUACUCAGACAGCAGCUCAAACCAGACUGGAGGAUUCAUGGCAUCAUCAAACACGGAGGAGAGAAGCCCAACAUUAUCCCGGCAUACACUGAAUUAGAGUUUUAUUUGCGCGUUCCGUUGCCCAAAGAUCUUUGUGACCUGAAAGCUAAAGCUGAAGCUUGCUUCAGGGCAGCUGCCGGAGCGACCGGUUGCCAAGUGGAGAUCACCUUCCCAACCCCUACCUACUAUAACAUUCUACCUAAUGCCACACUGGCAAGCCUGUAUGAAAGCAAUGGAAAAGCUUUGGGAAUUCACUUUCCAGAGCAGACAGCCAGCUUCUGCGGUUCUACAGACUUUGGCAAUGUGUCAUUCAUAGUCCCUGGUAUUCAUCCGUUUUUCUACAUCUGCACUGAUGCAUUAAAUCAUACGGAGGAAUACACCGAAGCAGCAGGAGCUGAAAAGGCCCAGUUGUACACCCUGAGGGCAGCCAAGGCCCUGUCUAUGACAGCUGUGGAUGUAGUGUGCUGUCCUGAUCUGCUUAAGAAAGUGAGAGACGACUUUAGACUGGCCCAACUGAAACAGAAGUGACUGGAAGGCAGUGAUUGUCAUGGUCCUGGGUCCUUUUGACCCAGCGUUUUGUGUUUUCUAUUAGUGUGAUUGUUGGUUCUGUUCUUCCUCUGUUUAGUGUUUACUCUGUCCUGCCCGUGUGUUCCUGUAUCAAGUCCGCGUUUCUUAGUCUGUGUCCUUGCAUGUGUAAGUUCCUGUUUUAUUGUGAAGGUCUGCGUCUUAUGUGAGUGUUUUCAGUUCGCCUCCCUAGUCUCGUCACGUUAAUCACUCCCACCUGUGUGUAAUCUCCCUGUGUUCUCUGAGUGUUUUUAAGUCGUGUCUUCUGUCUUAGUCGUUGCUGGUUCGUCUGUGUUGUUCCCCUUCAUGUUCUCCCUGCAUCUCUGUUUCUCGACUCAAGGUUUCAGGUUUGUUUUUGCGUAGCUUUUCCCAGUUUAGUUUAUUCUUAGGUUUUGGUUUUCUUUCUCCUCGUCCCUGUUUGUUUCACCCUUUGUUUAAUAAAGCUUGCUCACAACUUAAGCAGUCUGCAUCUUGGGUCUGUUUAUAUUCUCACACGGCCUGCCUCAGCACCCCGUGGCAGUGAUAGAACUCCCUCAUGACACUGAAAUUAGAAAUACAUCUAGGAGAAAUUAUACGGUUUAAAUAACAACAGGUAGGCGCUUUAUAUUUUUUGCUGAAGAUCUUUGAGCGUAAGAGAAAAAUCCCACAACAAUCAGAUGGUCCCCUAUGUUCAGGCACUUGGUGACAGUGAGAAGGAGAAACUCCGUUUUAACAGGAAGAAACCUCCAGAAGACUCAAUAUCAGGGAGGAGCAGAAUCAAAAAAAGACCAAACUGAAAGCAAACAAUAGAAAGAAAAAAGAAAUGUAAUCGCAUGCUGUAGUGCAUCAUUGGAACUCCUCCAGCAGCUUGAGCCUAUUGCAGCUUAAUUACAGGAUGAUUCAGGGUCACCUGAUCCAGCCUUAAAUAUAAGCCUUAUCAAAAAGAAGUUUUAAGCUUAAUCUCAAAAGUAGAGAGGGUGUCUGUCCCCCAAAUUCAAACUGGGAGCCGGUUCCACAGAAAAGAGCCCUGAAAGCUGAAGACUCUGCCUCCCAUUCUACAUUUAAAACUAUGAACCACAAGUCUCUGGUAGGACAAUAUGGUACUAUGACUUCUUUAAGAUAUGAAGGACUUUGCAUGUGAGGAGAGGGAUUUUAAAUUCAAUCGUGAGUUUAACAGGGAACACAUGAAGGCAUCUAAUAUCUUUCUAGUCUGUGGUAAUGGACAACAUGAAUUUACUGAUGAUGAGUUUGGCAUACACUCACAGUUUUACACCACAAACCUCUAAAUAAAUCAACCCUAAAUGUAUUACUCUAUCCACGGAUAGCCCUAUUGUACUUGAUUGCAUGAUCAUACUAACUCUCUCUCGGUCAUUGAGAUUUCUAGGCGUACUUUCAUCAGCUACACAGCUUGAUAAAAAAUCUUGGCUCUCAAGAGUGGGCCCAGAUGUGGUGGAAAAUCAGGUUAUGGACAUCUUUUUGAUGCUUUAUCCUUUUCUGCCAGCUUUGAUGUGGUGAUGCCUUUGUUCGCAUUUUUUUCACUAGAUUAGAAGAUGGUGCAUAAAGUUUAAAUUGACACCUUUGGGAUGUUGCUUGGAUCAAAAAAAAACAACAAAAACAUGCUUCAACAUAUCCCACUGUCUCACUUUUCUGUGAGGAAAGCCUUAAUGUAAUUGUAUAUGUAUAUAUCCUUUUACACAUGAGUUGUUAAUGGCAUUACAUAAUACGCAGUGUAUAUGAUUUGUUUUAAAUGCUCAUCAGCACUCAGACAUGUGCCAGAGCGAGAAGAAAGACCUUGGAGCUGUGAGCAACCCAGUGACUAAUAACAGUAAAUCCUCCUGGACUGUUUAA